AUGACAGUCAUCGUGGAUAGUUACAUGGAGUCGGGCGAACUGGCUGACACUGACGGUGUCCUCAAUAACGAUGGAUACUUACUCCUCGGUGGUAUCAAUGCUCCUGUUCCAGGCCUACCCGGAAAGUACAGCAAUAACUUCAUCGGUUGCGUCUCGGCAUUCUUCAUUGAUGAACAGAGCGUAGACCUGCUCAUAAACGCAGAAGUAAUCUACGGACGAGUUUUCGCCUGCCAGUGA